AUGGCUAGGAAAGUAUGCGCGCAAUGCCCAAGGACAACCGAAGCAGCCUCUCACGGUACUAAUCGCAAAGAUUGGUGUGGUGCAACAGCAGCUGAAGUGCUCGGCCUGGGUCGUAAGCCCCAGCAGCCGAGUGAGUUGGCGGCAAGGGUUAGCUCGAUCCACACGGGAUGGAGGCGAGGCUGGGCCAAUAGCUGCCCGAUGGCAAACGCUUCUUCUGCGGAUCUUUACCGGGGCUUCUUCCGGGGCUGUUCUCUGACGCUCAGAGUGAACAUGUUGAUCCUGAUGGAAGCGAGUGCAUCUUGCGAAAAUAGACCCCGACUGUACUUCUAA